AUGUCAAGCGAGUCUAGAACUGACGUAGUUUUGCAAGAUUGUUCGUCAGACGACGGCGAAGAAGAUUUCGAAGAUUUUAAAGCCAUCGAAAAAACAAAUUUGACAAACUGCAGAUCACAAUGUUACGAUAAUUCUGCCGUGAUGGCAGGUCACACAUCUGACGUUCAACAACGAAUAGUGGAAAAAAAUCAAAAACAUUUAUUUAAUUUAGUAGAAGUUACUGCAGUUAAACAAGAUCCAAUCGUUAAGAUGAUGCGAUAUGAGGAAGAGAAUGAAAAACUUGCAGAUACAUCUCCUUGUGCAGGAGUUAGAGCCGAUUUGAAGAUGUGCUUAUUGGAAAGCGAUUGUUGCAAAGUACAAAAGAGGACUCCCAGAGAAUGUUUAAAAGCAAAUGAUGGAUCUGUGCCCACACAAUGUCAAGUACUGAGAAAUACUUUCUUCGAAUGCAAGAGGUCACUGUUGGAUGCCAGGCAACGUUUCAGAGGCAGAAAGGGAUAUUGAACACAGUUUUUAGUUAGUUUCAAAAUAUAGAUUAUUUGCAAUGCAAGAGGCGAUUAAGGUGCCUACAUACAAUAUGUUGCAAUGAAACAACCCAGACCAAAAAUCGACUACCUUAAAUUACGUUGUGGGCGGAAUAGAAUCGAAGAUAUUAUAUUCUUAUAAUGAUCUAACUGAUAGCUUGCAUUGCAUUUUAUUAUAAUUAGGUUGUAAAUAAAAUGUUAAGUAUAUA